AUGAGCUCACGAACCCAUCGAGUCUCUCACUCUCCCCCCCCUUUAAAUCGGAACAAAAUAUCGGUAAAAUUUCCACUUUUUUGGUAAAUUAACCCCCCUUUAAAUUGGAACAAAAUUUAAUUUUAUAAUAAAAAAAUAUAUAUAUAAUUUUUAUGUAAAAAGUUUUGAUAUAAGUUAAAUGUUUCUUCUUAACUAAAAUUAAAAAUUGAGUUAUAUCUUGCUCUUUUUUAAAGAAAAAAGUAUAAAGAGCAUCUUAUUUAAAUAAAUUUAUUAUCCUUAAUUGGUAAAUUUUAAAAAAAAAUCUAAAUUUUUUUUUUUAAAAAUUUUUCAAAAAAAUUUUUGUUUUUUUUUAAUAAAAAUGAUAUUUUUUAUUUGGAUAGUUUUGAUAUAAAUUCAAUAGGAAUUCUUUAUAAAAUUUCAAAAUUUACUUAUUUCUUGCUUUAUUUUAAAGAAUAGAGUAUAAAUAGCAUCUUAUUUAAACAAAAUUAGCACUUUGAUCGAUAAGUUUUCUAAAAUUUGUUUUUUUAAUUUUUUUUAUCAAUAAAAGUAAUAAUUUUUGUGUAAAUAAUUUUAAUACCAAUUAAUAGUGGCGUAUUUAACUAAUAAUGAAAAUUUAGUUAUAUCUUGCUUUGUUUUAAAGGAUAAAGAGUAAAUAGCAUUUUAUUGAACAAAUUUAUUGAUCUAAUUCGAUAUGUUUUUGAAUUUUUUUUUUAUAAAAUAUUUUAUAUUAAUAUUUUUUUUUUUAAAAAAAAAAAUUAACCCCCUUUUAAAUUGGAACAAAAUUUUUUAGUUCCAAUUUAAAGGGGGGGGGAGUCAGGAAUCCCAAGAAAAUCAAAUUAUCGAAGAACGUAUUGUCAAAGUAAACGGAGACAUUGCCAUAAAAUCAUACACCAAAGGCCGAUUCCUUGGAAAAGGGGGGUUUGCUAAGGUUUACGAGUUUUUAUCACUCGACACCAAACAAGUUUUCGCAGCCAAAGUCAUUCCUAAAGCUUCCCUUUCAAAAGCUCGUGCAAGGCAAAAAUUGAUGAGCGAGAUAAAAAUCCAUCGCUCCCUCCAUCACACCAAUAUAGUCCGAUUUGAGCAUUUUUUUGAAGACGACGAAAACGUUUAUUCCUAUUUAUAAUAAAUAAAAAUUUUUUUAUAUUAAAAAAGCAAAUUUAUUUUAUUUUUGCAUACAUCCUACUUGAGCUUUGCUCAAACCAAACUCUUAAUGAACUUCUGCGCCGUCGUAAACGCCUUACAGAAAUCGAAGCUCAGUGUUAUUUAUCCCAAACAAUUGCAGCUUUAAAAUACCUCCAUGAACAUAGAGUCAUUCAUCGUGAUAUAAAGCUUGGGAAUUUGUUUUUAACUGACAAAAUGGAGCUAAAACUAGGAGAUUAUGGAUUGGCGACCAAACUGGAGUUUGAUGGAGAAAGAAAAAGAACUAUCUGUGGGACUCCGAAUUAUAUUGCGCCAGAGGUUUUGGAUGGAAAGCAAGGCCACAGCUAUGAAGUAGAUGUGUGGAGCUUAGGAGUCCUUGCUUAUACUUUAUUAGUGGGGAAGCCACCUUUUGAGACUUCUGAUGUAAAAAGUACGUAUAGAAGAAUUAAAAUGAACGCUUAUACUUUUCCUGAUCAUGUUCCUGUCUCUGACUCUUCCCGUCGCCUAGCGAGAAAAUAUCAGAAAAAUCCCAUUUUUAGGAAAAUUAGCUAUUCGUUAGAAAUCAAAAAUUUUAUACAAAUAAUAAUUUGGAAAUAUAAUUAGUGGUUAUUAUGAUGAAAUCUCCAGCUUAUUUUAUUAAUUUUAGCAGCUAACAAUAAAAAUUUAUAAAUUAAAUUCGAUUUUCCCUUUCAAAUAUUACUACUUUUGAGAUUAAACUUGAUCACCUCAGAGUUCUACUAUUUUACUCCAGAAAAGAAAUUCUAUUUUUAAAAUUCAAUAUAAAAUUUUAAAAAAGCUCAACCUCCAAUUAGAGCACAAUAAGUCUUAUGCCCUAAACAAAGGGGAGUGAGGAAGCAAAGUCUUUAAUAUCAACUAUGCUUACUAAUGAUCCCUCUAUGAGACCUACACUAGAUCAGGUCCUUCAACAGUCAUUUUUUACCAAAAAUGUGAUACCAAAAUUAAUGCAGGCUGGGACAUUGGCUGUCCCACCUUCAUCAAGCUAUAUAAAACAAUAUGAGUUACCGACCCAAACUACAAGAGGAAGACCAGAAGCUGGAAAAAAUCAACCGAAAACAGCCAGAGCUUCAUCAUUAACUCCUACAGAUACCGAAAAUGGUAGAUCAACUACAAGAGAAGGAGUCGUAACCGCUAGAGGCGGCUCAAGAGGAAGCUCUCGAGAAAGAGCACCAGACUUAGGUGCAUCUGGAAAUACUUCAAAAAAAGCUGCGUGUUAUUCUUCAUAUGUGCCACCUGAUAAUGGAGAAGGCCCACAAGUUUGGGUCAAAAGCUGGGUUGAUUAUUCAAGUAAAUACGGUCUUGGGUACUUAUUUUCGAACUCUUGUGUAGGGGUGUUUUUCAAUGAUUCUACUAAAAUUAUAGCAGAUCCUGCUGGAUCAUUUUUCCAAUAUAUACAUAGGACUGGACACUCAAGGGAUGAGGAAAUGUCGAUGUAUAGGAUUGAGCAAUAUCCUGAUGAGCUGAAAAAAAAAGUUACUUUAUUGCAGCAUUUUAGGAAGCAUUUAUCAAAAGAUGAGCCAAAUAAAAGACUAGACGCAGCUCAGCCUUUGAUUUAUGUUAAAAAAUGACUUAAUACUCCUCAUGCUAUUUUAUUCAGAUUAAGCAAUAAAGUCGUCCAAGUGAAUUUCCAAGAUAAAACAGAACUGAUACUUUGCAGUGAAAGUAAAAUUGUUUCUUAUAUGAAUAAACUUGGGGAAAGAAGUGUGUAUCCUUUAAAUACAGCUAUGGAAAGUGGUAAUAAUGAAAUGACUAAAAGAUUAAGGUACACAAAAGAAGUGCUGACAAAUAUGCUGCAGCCUCAGCAAAGUGCUGGAACAGGAGAGUAUCGGCCUGGUAUGACUGACCGUGAGAUUAUAUAA